AUGCGGAGAACACUCGGAGAACACUAUGGAGAACACUGCGGAGAAACCAAGCGGCAACAAGGCCCCCAGCACCAAGAACACGGCUCAGCUCUCCAAAAUCCCACAUCAUAUGCUCUCCACGGUUCUACAUCAAAUCAUCACUCAGCAAGCGGAGAAUACCACUGCAACUUGGCCUAUCAUCCCCACUGCAUUGAGGAGCAAGAGGAGGAACUACAACAGGCAAAUGCGGAGAACACUGCGGAGAAACUAAGCGGCAACAAGGCCACCAUCGUCAAGAACACGGCUCAGCUCUCCAAGAUCCCACCUUAUAUGCUCUCCACGCCAUGGUGCACCGCAAUUCUCAAGCGAUUUGGGCCUCGCUACAUCGAUCUCAUCACUCAGCUAGAGGCGUGUCAUUACACCCGAAAAGAUGCGGCCAAUAAGAAGGAUGCUACGAGCUACGUUCAGGAGGUAUUACGUAUUACCAAAGGCCUUGAUUGGAACGAUCACGUCAAAUCCGGAAUUAACACGGCCUUUCAUCAUUUCGAAUCAAGCCUUCAGCAAACACUCGAUCCGCCGUCAGACUUGAAUAGCUUCAUUGACCAAGUGCAGAUACGACAGCAGGGUUGGUUCCAGAUUUAUGCUGGCUACGGGAAGCCACGUCCACCUGAUCCCUACCCGAGGCCCCAACAGUCCUACCAACCUCGUCCACAGCAACAGCAGCAGUACAAACCCUCAUAUCCAUAUCGCCAGUCACAGCCGCAGGUGCAGCCGCAGCCACAGCCACAGCCUGCACGUCCGCAGGUCUACUGGGGUGAAGAGGAGGACUACGUGUACGAUGCACCGGCCGACAGCUACCAUAUGGCCCUUACAUACCAUCCCGCAGGACAUACACCACGUCGCCAUGGCAACACUCAUGACGGUAGUGGGAAUGAAGCUAUGGUCCAUUGGGCCUCUGCAGGCGAUGAUCACCGGUGCACUCAUGAGGGCUGUACCCACUAUCAUUGA